UCAUCUGGCAUAGCUAUUGAGACAGAACCUCGCUUCUACUGUACUGCGAUCGUCGUCAUGGUAGCUUUAUAUGAACACCCAGAUAAGUUCGCAUCCCUUUCUUUUCCUGUUUUCUUCUCGAAAAAAAAGAAAAUUGCGCGCACGAUGCUGUACCACGCCAUAGCAGCAAUUAUUUCGGUCGUGCUGCCCGUGCUGGUCGUCGGUGCCACAGACAUUUGCUAUUUCCCCGACGGCACUCAGACGAGUGCUUCGAAAUACUCUCCCUGCGUGCCUACAGCUAACGUAACUCACUGCUGUGCGGCUGGUGAAACCUGUUUAUCUAACGGGCUAUGUCUGUCAAAGAACGACACCUCCAUCAACACGGGUCUAUGCACAGACAGCACCUGGGAAGACCCUGCUUGCUUCCUAAAAUGCCUGGACGUAGACCGCGACCAUAAACUCAGCACACUCUACCGAUGCAACCAUAACCGCUGGUGCUGCUCUCCCGCCCGCAACUCGACGACCUGCUGCAACGACCCCGAGGUCACCUUAUUUCAAGGGACCGGAACUGCGACUGUGCAGAACGGCACUGCAUUCGUGGCAGGCUACAGCAUCGCACCGAUCGCAAGUAUAGCGACCGACUCAUCCUCCUCCUCAUCCUCCUCCUCAUCCUCCUCCUCAUCCUCCUCCUCAUCCUCCUCCUCUGAUCACAAGGCGGUCGCAGCUGGAGUAGGCGCAGGCCUCGGCAUUGGCCUGCCUCUCCUAGCAGUCAUCGGCGUCCUAUCGUUCCUCCUGUUCCGCAAAAGAAAACAUCACGACGCGACGAAACAGUCGUUGCCCGAGAAUCAGAGUCAGAAUCAGAAUCCUCGCUACACCGAUCAAUCUCCUCUCUCUCCACACUCUCAAAUGGCGGCGGCACUAAUGCAGCAGCAACAACCACAAAACUACCAGAUCCCUCCACUACAACCGGGGAUGACUCCUUUUAUUCCGCCGGCCUAUGCGCCGCCUCAAAUACCGGCACCGGCCAUGACCUCUCCUUCGACCACUCUUUUUCCGAGCGAAGCAGAUUCAUCACCGACGCCACACAAUGUCGAGGCUGAUUGUCAGGGAACUUCGGUUUCCUCGAGGCCUGAACUUCCGGGUUGAUGAUGAUGGAAAGUGAAGAGCCAUGUACGACUUUUAUGUUCAGGAAUGCGUUGCAGUUUGGCGUACAUUGACCCGAGUGGCAUAUGAUGGCACUACGAUAUAGCCCAGGGAUGCUGAUAUCAGCGUCAGGCGUCAACAUCCACUGCGCAGCCUCCUUGACUCUUGCCAAGAUCUCCCUGGACUCUGAAGCUGAAUAUGCAAGCGACAUGGUCUUCUGUGUCAAGAUCAACUUCGAAGCACCAAUCUCAAAAUCAUUCCGCAGGCUGGGAGGCCUCUGAUAUGUCUCGCGAAGAUCGAUAAGUAGACUGUCCACGCUCUACGGGGAUGUUCAAUCUUGGAGGUGGCAUGCUUGACUCUAAAGAGAUCCCAGUACCAGAACAAUACCGGUCGAAGCAUUCCAUGGGCCUUUGCUUACAGAACGUGCUUACUGCAUGCUCAGGCGGAUUGCGGGCAUUCUAUCACACGCAUCGAUCACUAGUCAGAGGGAAGCCUACACCAAACGUAGGCUAUUGCCCACAGCCCAUACAGCGUUUGAG